AUGUUAAUUUUUUUUGCAUUUAGUAAUUUGAUAAUUGUCUGUGUACUAUUAUUAUCAUUGGCAAUAAUUUUGAAACAAUUUCAGCUAACAAAAUGCGCCAAAACAAGUGGCUAUAAAAACGAUGCCAAUUGUGGCCUCAGAGACGAAGACAACGACGACGACAACAAUGAUAAACCAAAGUUUUAUAUUGUCGGCGGUAUUACUGUCAAGAAGACAAAUGAGAUCCCGUUUUUGGUGGUAAUCAAAAACGAUGGUAAAGUGAUUUGCGGCGGAUCUAUACUCAAUGAACAGUGGGUACUGACGGCCGCACAUUGUUUCAAAGGUCGAGAAAAAAUUAAAUCAAAAUAUAGGCUACACGUGGGCACAGUUACCAGUGAAGGCGGUAAAGCCUAUAAAAUUAAGCGCAUAAUAGUGCAUCCAGUGUUUAGCUACGAAACAAUGAACUCGGAUAUUGCUUUGCUUAAGAUUGACGGCAAAAUCAAAUUGGGAUCAACUGUGCGAACCGUAUGUUUGCCAACUGUUAGCCAUUCAAAAUCAACCGGCGAAGUAACGGUUGCCGGUUUCGGUAGAGUUGUCCAUCAGGGAAAACAAGCCGAUAAAUUACAAAUGGUUAAACUGCCUAUUAUUACUAAUAAAAAAUGUCAGAAAAUGUAUGGCGAUUUGUCAUUAGAGGACCAAUUGACUAUCUAUGAUACCAAUAUGUGUACCUGGUUUAAGGGUCGCGAUAGUUGUGAGGGAGAUUCUGGAGGACCGGCAUUUCAAGUAAAGAAUAAUAAGAAUAUAUUAGUGGGAAUCAUAUCAUUCGGCUGGGAUUGUGCUGAUCAUCAUCCAGGUGUCUAUACAAGAGUUUCCGAUUUUCUCGAUUGGAUUAAGACUAAUAUUAAAAAAUAA